AUGUUCGCUGCUACUCUGCGCACCAGUAUGCCCCGCACUGCUGCCCGUGCCGCAGCACAGAGAACAACGGCAGUCGCACACCACCUCAUGUCCACAGCAGCCGCGUCCCCAGCCCCCGAACAGGAGCCCACUGUUCUUUUCGAAUCGAAUGGCUCCUUGCGAACGUACAUUCUCAACAGACCAAAGAAGCUUAAUGCUCUUGACGAGCCCAUGCUUUCAAUCCUGCGCCCGAAGAUAGAGGAAUGGAGUGCUUCCGAUCUCUGCGGGACUAUCGUUGGACGGGGAAACGGCCGAGCUUUCUGUAGUGGCGGUGAUGUUGCUAGUGUUGUGCAAAAUGCGUCAGAUCCAGCUACAAUUCCCCAUGCAAUUGACUACUUCAAACGCGAGUUUGAAAUGGAUUACAUCCUCGCGGCUCUGAAGAAGCCCUAUGUUGCAGUGCUUGACGGCAUGACAAUGGGUGGCGGUGUGGGCCUUGCGGCGAAUGCGCCUUUCCGGAUUGCAACGGAAAAGACGGUCUUUGCGAUGCCGGAAACGAAAAUAGGCUACUGCCCUGACGUAGGCGCUAGCUAUUUCCUGUCGCGAAUGGAUGGAGAACUUGGCACGUAUCUAGCACUUACCUCGGACACGUUGUCUGGCAGGGCGGUCUUUGAGCAUGGGCUUGCCACGCACUACAUCCCCUCCAGGCGAAUCCCUUUGCUCCUUGAUCGGCUGGCUGAGCUCGACAAACCCCAUGCGAGCGUCAUCGAUCGAACCCUCGAGGAUCUGUCCGCCGAACGCGAGCCCACGGAGGCUGCGCCGCCGUUUGUGGGUGCCAAACGCGCUGCGUUGGAUCACGCUUUCCGUCAUAACACUGUUGAACGCAUUGUUGCGGAUCUCGAAGCGUACGCCGCCCAGGGUGAAGACGCUGAGGUUAAGCAAUGGGCUUCGGACACGUUGGCGCUACUUCACCUACGUAGCCCGACGAGUCUAAAAGUCUCUUUGGAAGCUAUCCGCCGGGGCAAGCGGCAGACGCUCUUCAAGGCGCUGGAAAUGGAACUCAAAAUAGCUACAGCAUUCUGCCGGGGUGCCAGUCCAGAUUUCCUGACGGGUGUCAAGGCCGUGCUUGUCACGAAGAGCAAGGACAAACCGGAAUGGUCACCUACGAGCUUGAAGGAGGUGACUCCCGAGAUUUUGUCUAGGUUCUUCGACCCCCAGUCGCCCUACCUGGCGGAUGCUCCCAAGCUUGACUUCCCAGAGGAACAGACGUCAGCCAAGCUCGGAAACCCGCUCAAGUAUGCCCUGCCGACUGAGGAAGAGAUCGCGUCUGUUGUGAUUGGAUCGCACGGGUCUGCAGGAGGGAACUUGGGUCUGCGAUUCGAGGAGGUGGUGGCUCGGUUCGCAGAGCUGCGGGGAGGGAAGCUGGGGGUGAAGGAGAAGGUGACGGAGGUGGUGAACCGACGGUGCGAGCUGACGGACAACGCCGAUGGGAAUUUCGUCUGGCUGAAGUGGAAGCACCUGCCGAAGUGA